UGGCCGGACUGGGGGAGAGAGUGUGAGAGUGUGUGCUGGGCAGAGUGAGAGGAGGAGUGUGAGAGUGAGUGAGUGUGUGAGUGAGAGAGAGGAGUGAGAGAACUUCGCUCGAGACUUCUUCUUCUUCUUCGCAGUGAAAGAAAAGGGGAAUACACGCGCUCGGGGCUCGAGCCAUGAUGUGAGGCGCGCGCACACCGGGGGGGCUCCACUUCUUUUGAUGUUGUUGUUGUUUGCGGCGCGAGCUUUUGCAGAAGCGCUAUAGAAAGAGAGAGGGAGAGAAAGAGAAGGAGACCGCUCACACCAUGCAGCCUGCAGCUCUCUCCACCACCCUAACUCUACUGCUCCUCCUGCUACAGCUGCUGCUCUGCGCGCGCGGUGUGUUGGGCAGUGCGGAGUGCUCGUGUGGGCGGAACCACUUCACCUGUGCGGUCAGUGUGUUUGGAGAGUGCACCUGCAUACCAGUGCAGUGGCAGUGUGAUGGAGAUAAUGACUGCGGGGACCACAGUGACGAGGAUGGCUGCAUGUUGCCGACCUGCUCCCCCCUGGACUUCCACUGUGAUAACGGGAAGUGUAUCCGGCGCUCGUGGGUGUGUGAUGGAGACAACGACUGUGAGGAUGACUCGGAUGAGCACGACUGCCCUCCACGUGAGUGUGAGGAGGAUGAGUUCCACUGUCAGAACGGGUACUGUAUCCGCAGCCUGUGGCACUGCGAUGGAGACAACGACUGCGGAGACAACAGUGAUGAACAGUGUGACAUGAGGAAGUGUUCGGAUAAGGAGUUCCGCUGUUCAGACGGUAGCUGUAUAGCCGAGCACUGGUACUGCGAUGGAGACACAGACUGCAAGGACGGAACAGACGAGGAAAACUGCCCCUCAGACCUGCUGACGGCCACCUGCAGUGUUGAGGAGUUCCAGUGUGCGUACGGCCGCUGCAUUCUGGACAUUUACCACUGCGACGGAGACGACGACUGUGGAGACUGGUCUGAUGAAUCAGACUGCUCUUCACACCAGCCGUGUCGCUCGGCUGAGUUCAUGUGCAGCAGUGGGAUGUGCAUCAAUGCAGGCUGGAGGUGUGAUGGAGAGUUUGACUGUGACGAUCAAUCAGACGAGAGCAACUGCACGAUCUCGAUGUGUAUGGCGGAUCAGUUUCGCUGUGCGUCGGGACGGUGUGUGCGGUUGUCAUGGCGAUGUGAUGGUGAGGAUGACUGCUCUGAUGGCAGUGAUGAAGAAGGCUGUGAAAAGACAGGAGCUCCUCCUUGUGCGUCUGAUCAGUUCCUGUGUGGAAACAGACGCUGCAUCGGUCAGCGCAAAGUGUGUAAUGAAGUAAACGACUGUGGAGACGGAACAGAUGAACAUCCACACCAAGACUGCCGUCCCAGGUCCACUGAAGGGAACUGCAACGUGGGUAACGGCGGCUGCUCUCAGAAGUGUUUGAUGAGCCGCGGUUUAGUGCAGUGCUCCUGCCACACUGGAUACAAACUCUCAGACGAUGGAAAAACCUGCCAAGAUGUGGACGAGUGUGCGAAUGAGGGAUACUGCAGUCAGGGCUGCACCAACACUGAGGGGGGGUUCCAGUGCUGGUGUGUUCAAGGCUACGAGCUCCGGCCCGAUAAGCGCAGCUGUAAAGCUCUGGGUCCGGAGCCGGUGCUGUUGUUUGCGAAUCGGAUUGAUAUCCGGCAGGUGUUGCCGCACCGCUCUGAGUACACCCUUCUGCUCAACAAUCUGGAGAACGCCAUCGCACUCGACUUCCACCACAGCAGAGAGCUGGUGUUCUGGUCGGACGUCACUCUGGACCGAAUCAUGAAGGCCAACCUGAACGGCAGUAACGUGGAGGAGGUGGUGUCUACUGGACUGGAAAGCCCAGGUGGUCUGGCCAUCGACUGGAUCCAUGAUAAGCUGUACUGGACGGAUUCGGGAACGUCUCGGAUCGAGGUGGCUAAUCUGGACGGGACGCACCGUAAGGUUCUGAUAUGGCAGAGUAUGGAGAAACCCCGCGCAAUCGCUCUGCACCCCAUCGAAGGAAAGAUCUACUGGACAGACUGGGGCAACACCCCCCGUAUUGAGUACUCCAACAUGGACGGAUCCGGUCGCAGAAUCAUCGCAGACACUAACUUGUUCUGGCCCAACGGACUGACCAUCGACUACGCUGGACACCGCAUGUACUGGGUGGAUGCCAAGCACCACGUCAUCGAGAGGGCCGACCUGGACGGAAAGAACCGGAAAGCCGUCAUCAGCCAGGGUCUUCCUCAUCCGUUUGCCAUCACAGUGUUUGAGGAUAGUCUGUACUGGACCGACUGGCACACCAAAAGCAUCAACAGCGCCAACAAAUUUACUGGGAAAAACCAGGAGAUCAUCCGCAACAAGCUUCACUUCCCCAUGGACAUACACACACUGCACCCUCAGAGACAGCCUGCAGGUGGUCGUAAUCGCUGUGGGACGAAUAAUGGCGGCUGUAGUCACCUGUGCCUCCCCAGUAGUAAAGCGUUUACCUGUGCCUGUCCCACAGGCUUCAAAAAGGUGGACCAGUACAACUGUGCCCUGAGUCUUGACAAGUUCCUGCUUUUUGCCCGAAGGACGGACAUCCGUCGGAUCAGCUUCGACACCGAGGACAUGUCGGAUGACGUCGUCCCCCUGGCGGACGUCCGUAACGCCGUGGCGCUGGACUGGGACUCAAAAGACGGUCAUAUUUACUGGACCGACGUCACCACCGACUCCAUCAGCCGCGCUCUGUGGAACGGAUCCAAACAGGAGGUGGUGGUGGACACCAGUCUGGAGAGCCCUGCUGGACUGGCCGUCGACUGGGUCACACACAAACUCUACUGGACUGAUGCUGGUACUGAUCGCAUCGAAGUUUCCAAUGCUGACGGCAGCAUGCGCACGGUCCUCAUCUGGGAGAACCUGGAUCGCCCCCGGGACAUUGUGGUGGACCCUGUUGGAGGAUUCAUGUACUGGACAGACUGGGGAGCGAACCCAAAGAUAGAGCGAGCCGGGAUGGACGCCUCCAGCCGCGUGGUCAUCAUCUCAUCAAACCUGACCUGGCCCAACGGACUCGCCAUCGACUAUCAGACCGAGAGACUGUACUGGGCCGACGCCGGCAUGAAGACUAUUGAGUUCGGCAACUUUGACGGAUCCAACAGACAGGUGCUGAUUGGUACGCAGUUGCCUCAUCCGUUUGGCCUGACCCUGCAUGAAGAUAAGAUCUAUUGGACAGACUGGCAGUCCAAGAGCAUCCAGAGCGCGGAUAAAAUGACCGGCUUGGGUCGCUCAACGCUGGCGGAGAACCUGGAGAACCUGAUGGACAUCCACAUGUUCCACCGGCACAGAACCACGGUUCAGUCCCCCUGUUUAGUGAAUAAUGGAGGCUGUAGUCAUCUGUGUCUACUGGCUCCAGCUCCUAAAGGCUCCAGCUGUGCCUGUCCCACCGGCAUCAACCUGCAGACGGACGGCAAAACCUGCACUCCAGGAAUGAACAGUUUCCUGGUCUUCGCUCGAAGGACGGACAUCAGGAUGGUCUCUCUGGAUAUCCCAUAUUAUGCUGACGUGGUUCUGGCUGUUAACGGGUCCAUGAAGAACACCAUCGCCAUUGGAGUGGAUCCCACUGAAGGUAAAGUGUACUGGUCAGACAGCACGCUGAAGAAGAUCACCAGGGCUAAUAUCAACGGCACCCAGCAGGAGGACAUCAUCUCUACAGGUCUGAUGACCACGGAUGGCCUUGCUGUAGACUCAGUGGGCAGGAAGAUCUACUGGACGGAUACUGGAACCAACCGCAUCGAGGUGGCCAACCUGAACGGCUCCAUGCGGAAAGUUCUGAUCUGGCGGAACCUGGACAGCCCUCGCGCAAUCGCCCUGUACCACGAGAUGGGGUAUAUGUACUGGACAGACUGGGGUGAGCAUGCCAAACUGGAGCGAGCGGGACUGGACGGAUCGGACCGCGUGGUUCUGAUCAGUAAUAAUCUGGGCUGGCCGAACGGACUGGCCGUAGACAAGGCCGGCUCACAGUUGCUCUGGGCAGACGCUCACACUGAGCGGAUCGAGGCGUCUGAUCUAAACGGGCUGAACCGCAGGACGCUGGUGUCUCCAGUGCAGCAUCCGUACGGGCUCACGCUGCUAGGCCCGCAUAUCUACUGGACGGACUGGCAGAGCCGCAGCAUCCAGAGAGCAGACAAAACCUCCGGCGCCAACAUCAUCACCGUGCGCUCCAACCUGCCUGGACUCAUGGACAUCCAGGCUGUGGACCGCGAGAGACCGCUGGGUUAUAAUAAGUGUGGGCGGCGUAACGCUGGCUGUUCUCACCUGUGCCUCCCCCGGCCGAACGGGACGUCCUGCGCCUGCCCCACCGGGAUCCUGCUGAAGAGUGACGGCAGCACCUGUGAGGAAAUGCCCGAGACCUACCUGCUGUUCUCCAACCGCGUCAGCGUCCGCCGCAUCUCACUGGAUACGGCUGACCACACCGACGUCCACGUCCCCGUCCCCGAGCUGCACAACGUCAUCUCCCUCGACUACGACAGCGUGGACGGAAAACUCUACUACACCGACGUCUCACUGGAUGUCAUCAGACGGGUUAAUCUGGAUGGCAGUGAGAUGGAGACGGUGGUCAGUCAGGGGCUGAAGACCACAGAUGGGUUAGCAGUGGACUGGGUGGCGAGGAACAUGUACUGGACGGAUACGGGUCGGAACACUAUAGAGGUGGCUCGGCUUGACGGCUCGGCCAGGAAGGUUCUGGUCAAUAACAGCCUGGACGAACCACGAGCCAUCGCCGUGUUCCCCAGCAAAGGGUUCCUGUUCUGGACAGACUGGGGGCACAUUGCCAAAAUUGAACGUGCCCAUCUGGACGGUUCUGACCGAAAAGUUCUGAUCAACACGGACCUGGGCUGGCCCAACGGCCUGACACUCGACUAUGAUACUCGCAGGAUAUUCUGGGUGGAUGCACAUCUGGACCGCAUAGAAAGUUCAGAUCUGAGUGGCCAACUGCGCCAAAUCCUCGUCAGUCCUGUUUCACACCCGUUCGCCCUCACACAGCUGAAGCCGCUCUCCUCUCAUCUAACCGCUUUCUCCCGAAUCUCACAGCAAGACCGCUGGAUCUACUGGACCGACUGGCAGACUAAAUCCGUCCAGCGCGUCGACAAAUACAACGGCCGCAAUAAGGAGACCGUUCUGGCCAAUGUCGAGGGGCUGAUGGACAUUAUAGUGGUGUCACCAAACCGGCAGACUGGUACCAACCACUGCGGCGUGAAUAACGGCGGCUGCACUCAUCUCUGCUUCGCUAAGACCAACAGCUUCGUCUGCGCCUGUCCAGACGAGCCAGACGACAGGCCGUGUUCAACCAUUUCCGGUUUUGUUCCGACGGUGCCCGACCGAGGAACCACCAGCACCCAGUCUCCCAACAAACGAGAGAAAGCUGCCACGAACAAACCCCAGCCUGGUCUCCCUGUGCUCAACUGUACGGAUAAGAUCGGGGGAGCGGAGGGCUGUCUGCAGAAUAACGUGAUCUCGGCUCCUCACGGGGAGGGGCUUCAUAUCAGCUACGUGAUUGGUGGAGCCCUGACUGUGCUGGCCAUUCUUAUACUUAUAGCAGUGUACAUUAUUUACAGGCACAAGAAGUCGAAGUUUGCAGAUCCGGGUGUGAGUAAUCUGACCUACAGUAACCCCUCCUACCGCACCUCAACACAGGAGGUGAAGAUAGAGACGGCUCAGAAACCACCCAUUUAUAAUCAGCUACGAUAUAAAAAAGAGGGUGUUGGGGAAGGAAGCUACACCAAAGAAAAGAUCCGGAUUGUGGAGGGCGUGUGUUUGCUAUCAGGGGAGGAGCUAUACUGGGAGGAUCUGAAGCAGCUGAAGGUGUGCAGGGGGAGUGGCCUCCACGCAUGCAUGCGCACGGACACCGUUUCCCUGCAGGCUAGCUCCGCCUCCCUCGACGACACCGAGACCGAACAGCUGCUGCAGGGCGACCAAUCAGAAUGCUCCAGCAUAAACACAGCCAUGGCCACGCCCCAGCGCCACAGCGCACACCCCGACACGGGCUGGGCUCCCAACCGCAAGCCCUCCACCGAGAGCGAAGUGUGAACACACACACACACACACACACACACACACACACACUGAUACCUGUACAUUAAGACUGAAUUCACAUGCUACCUUCAUCUCCUGGCCCCAACCUGCCCUAUCCAGGCUCCGCCCUCAAAUACGUUCCUCUAUGAGAAAAGCUUUACAGAAUGUAGCUCCACCUCCGUAUAUAUAUAUCACAAUACCUACAUUUAGAAUGUGUUAGUUAUGUCAGUGUUAUAUAGUAAUAUUAUAUAAUAAUUAGGGUUAAAUAGGAUUUGUAAAAAUGUUCUGUAAACUUGUUCGACUUCAAAAGCAUUAAAAAAACAGAAGAACACGUUUGUGGGCGGAGCUUGGAGAGGACAGUUACCAAUAUGUACAGCACUGAGCAAAAGUUUUAGUCCAGUCUAAAAAAAAAAACAUGUCUGCAAAACAUUAACAUUAGAAAUGAUGCAAAUAUAAAAAUUAAAUGGGAUGUAAGUGUGUGGGCCAUUUCCAUUGCUCUCCUGGAGGAAGACGAGUAUUCCCAGUUCAUGUUCAACACUAUUUUAUGUUUAUGUAACCAGUGCUUCAUUAAGGUAAAUAAGAAAUGAACAAAUCCUUCAUCUCAGUAACUUUACCGGCCACUGACUAGCUUGGGUUUGUUCUAAUGUUACAGUAUAUAGAGAGUUUUACAGACUUUUGCUCAGAACUGUGCACACACACUUUUAAAGACUGAAGAAACACGACUGACCAUCACGAGACCAACAGAUUCUUUAAAGAAAGUCCUUUUAGGAAAAUACCCUUUAUAUUUUAACUCACAGUUAAAAAAAAACACACACACUCAAACACUGACGGCCAGUGUCCCGGCCCUCCGUCCAGCAUCUUUCACAGAUACGGUGGACUUCCCCCGGCCCCACCCCUGACCUCCAUUCACACACAUGACUGAAAAAAAGCUGAUGGAGCGCAAGAACAAAGUACAGACAGUUCUUACAGCUGGGAACAAGACAGGAGUCUAAACUCUGGAGUUUUUUUGUAUACAGGGACGGCGCAUCGUGUGUAAAAUUCUGCUUUUUGUGAACUUCUGACCCGAACUGAAAGCCAGGGUUCUCCCAUCAUCAGUGCUGCCACCCCUCCAUCACUCACCGUGAACUUUCUGAACUUAUUUAUGAACGUUUUGUAUUUGGGAGUGAGCUGUUCGCUGUUGUUUCCCCCGUUUCCCCUGUUUCCUGUUAUAAAGUGCUAAGACUGUUAAAGGCCUCGCGCAUUCUCUAGACUAAUUAACGAUGGUGCCAAAGGACAGAGGACCUUCCCAUCUGGACGAAGUCUCUGUGCUUUCCGAGCCUCUGCUACACAGCGCACGUUUCCGACGGAUCGAGGUCCAGUUCAGAAACGCUAAUGCUAAUGCUAACCUCACUGAGAGAGAUGGAACAAAAAAAAGUGGUUUUGUUUGUGAACAUUGCCUUUUUCCUCAGUGUCUGUCUCAUUCAAUGAACCUUUACUAAUUUUGUAAGAGUUAAAGAUCAGAUUUAGAUGUAUCGAGUCAGUGCAGGGCUAAAGGGUUUAGGGGGCGUUAAAAAUGUUUAAAAUUACAGAAAAACAAACAAAAAAAUCGUUUUUGUCCUCUGGGAGAGAGAAAGAGUAGUCUGAAUGAAGUGUAAGUGCCAAACCUUGCUGUUGUUGUUGUUGUUGAUGUUGUUUUUUCUUCACUAUAUUUAUAUUUCUGCAGGAGUUGUUAUUUGGCAUUUCUCUUUUUUACAUUUUACGUUUUCAAUCAACCAUCUCAGAACCUGCGAAGCACCGUGCACUUACAGUCCUGCAGCUCUGUGAAAUUUCAUGGAGCUAUCACAAGUGUGUCAUUUACCCCAACUAUUCAACUGAAAGAUCAUUAUACUGAAAUUCAAACAUUAUCACUCGCAUGUUAAAACCUCUUAGCUCCACUUUUUUAUCAUUUUUUAAACAUUAUUUUACCCCCUUUUAGAAAAGAUCAUGCCUUUUUUUAUUACCUUUUUUAAAGAAUUGGUCAAAUAAAAACACCCAAAAUGACUUAAAAUAAAAAGUACAUUUCCUUUUUAAUGACCGUUUUGGAGCUACGAGGUUUUAAUACAAAAACUGUAUAAAAAAAACUUUAAUGGAAUUAAAGGGAUACUACAGUGUUUCUCAAACCUGAUCUCUGUCUGCUGUACCUGAAGCAUAUUGUAGCGUAUCAUCAGUUAUCUCACAAUUAUCUCAGAAAGUUCAGAGCAUUAUCCUGUUCUUAAACAAAAAAUGUGAAAUUGCAUAUUCAUACGUUCAUAAAUCCUCUACAGGAAAAGAAGUUGUAACAUCACUUAAACGUUUUUAGACACAGUUAACAUAUUGAAAACACACUGAAUUUAUACAUAUUAGGUGUUCCAUAUUUUUGUGCAUGGCAAAUUUUACAUUAUUCUGUUAUUCAGUUCAGCAAAUAAACAGUAAUUUUGCUUUUGAAUAUUCAGAAGUGCAGAUAACAGAACGAGAUUAGACACAUUAUUACAUAUAUUGUUGAUCUUUAGGGGUGUUACAACAUGCAUAUUGAUAUUACUUAUUUAUACAACAUGUGGCACCAAUACUAUACAGAUUUAAAUUAGACACAGGUACCCUGAAUGCAUUAAAAUGUAAAUUGUGUAUCACAGUGUGGUACAAACAACCAUAUUGUUGCUAUCAGGCAUAAAGCUUUUAUUUGUAAAACACCAAAUUUACAGAAAAAGGGAAGUCAAUUGAAAAUGAGUUUAUUAUAUUGAAGCAUUUUAUUGGUCCAUUUUUUAUUACAAAUUUGACUCAAUGCAAAGAAACAGCAGAAAACUUAAUAGUAAUAGUAGUUAACUCUUGGCUCUGGUGAUGUGCUGCAGGUACACUGGGUGGAGUUUCAGGUGGUGUAAAGCGUUGGAGUAUUCCUGUAACUGUUCUGUACCCGAUUGUUGUGGAGACGCUGUGAGGACGAGGUUCUCAGAUAGAAAGGUCUCCCAUUUCAGCGCCGAGCUGAACCUGCUGCUACAACCUGCACCCAGCACUGAGGCCGGCGAGGAGCGACGGUCUGGCAGCUAAUUCUCCUCAGCUCUGUAACUGAUAGCUCACAAACGUCAGUCUGAAAACCUGAUAACGGAUCAAUAGCGACUCGUAAUCUGCUUCCCUCUGUUUUACUGCCGUGUUUGGGAUGCUGAGAGAAGAUGUUGUACAGAGUUUAGAAUGGAGAUGAUGAACAUAUUGUUUGUGUUAAAAGACGUGUUUAUGAUUUAUUGUAUAGUCUUUUGUACAAAGGGAUUGGAUUGUUUUGAUUUUUUGUUUUACUGUAUUAAGGGGAUAGUUGACAUUUUGCCAAUUGAUCAACUUUUUUUCCUGCUGGCACAAAGUCGGAUAAAUUGAUCAGUAGUGUAUCAUCAUUGUUUAAAUGUUCAACUUCAAGGCAGCUGUGAAAUAGUUAGAAAUGGUAAAAAAUAGCUAUACUGGAAUCAUUUCUGGUACUAUUUUCUGAACUGAAAUGCUCAUUUAGGUACUUUCUUUUAAAAUAAGCGUUUUUUAGUUAUGCAGAAUUUGGCUUUGCAACCAAGUUAAAGUCAGGAAUUGAUGCUUCAGUUAAGGACAUACAAUUACACAAUUGGACAGUUUUAAGAAGCUACAUACAUUCUGUAUUCUUCAUAUUUCUCUUACAAAACAGUUAUACAUUACAGAUGUAGUCCAGUCUAUUCUGGAAUUCAUUAACAGUGUCAUUUAUUUGUGAAGGAGGGAAAAAAAAAACACUACUCUUAGCUUUAUUCAACUUUGUUAAGGCGGAAAAGCAACACAUUUUAUUGCCAAAACGCCGAACAAUCCCUUUAAUUUUACUCACUGGAGAGGAAUUAUUUAACCACUUUGUCUCCAAGCCUUGUGAAUGCUAGGGUUGAUGCCAGUUAUUUAACAGAGUGCUUUUUUAUGUUUCAGAAAUAUUGGACACAUGUAACUGUUGUAAAGUUAACUAAAAGAGAUAUUUAUAAUUUCUUCGUUUGGUUGUCACUUAGAUGUAAAUAUGAAGAGACUGUAUAUGUAUUUUCCCCAUUGCAAUACUAACAAGCUGUGUUGUGUGACAGUGAAUUACUCCUUUGCUAUCUUUUAAUAUAAAACUGCAUUUGCAUUUGAAUACAAA